GCCAUUCGCGGCCACGGAUGUCAAUUACCGGGUCCUGGCGCCCGGUGAUUGCCGAGCAUCGCCGAUGGGGGAGGGAGAACUGUUUGGGAACAAAACAGUUCUCCCCCCUGUCAGCUUCUGCACACUGCUUUGGAUGGCUCUGCACAGCACAGCCAGUGAAGCACGCAGACAUAGUUCUAUAAUAAAACAGCACACAGUUAACCCUUUGAUCGCCCCUCAUGUUAACGCCUUCCUGCCCAGUGCCAUUAGUACAGUGUCAGUGCUUUUUAUUAGCACUGAUCACUGUAUUGGUGUCACUGGGGAUGUGAGGGACACCAAGUCAGUCCCCCCCACAGUGUCAGAAUGCUCGCCGCAGUCCCGCUAUAGGUCGCUG